AUGUCUACCGGAGACCCUGGGUCCCCACUGCCGGCACCGCCACCACCGGUAUCCGCCACCAGCGUCCAGCCCCCCCGCGACCGGAUCCCGAUAAGCUCGAAGAAGACGCAAGUCACGGGCCCCGCCACCGCCGCACCCAACUAUGCUGCCGCUGCGAGUCAGAUGGCGACUCAAACACCUGAACAACAGCAACAACAACAACAGCGUGCCAUGGCUCUGGGCAGCCUCCUACAAGCCAUGGGUGCUGUACCCGGAAACCGCAUGGAUCGCUGGGUCCAGGCCAUCUACUUCGCCGAACUCUACCCCGUCGCCACCGCCACAUCGCUGAAAUUUUCGGCCUUGAACGCGAACCGGUCCGUCGAGAACAUCUUCGAUUACGCCCUUGAAGUGACUCUGUCUCACCAGAGCGCCUCGCGAGCGACUCAUGCCGACAAGAUCGAUCUCGUGGCCUGCGUCACGAGGCUGCUAUCGCCCAUCUCUCCUAUCUGCUUUGAGCCUGGAGUUCCUCUGCCGGACCAUCUUGCGGCUUAUCAACCACAGAUCUUAGGCGUACAACAUUCAUCAAUCCUGCGUAAUGGGGCGGCUCACCAUCGCGUUACGGUUGGGUUCGUCACCGGCGAGGCACGUGACGCGGCGCUCACGACGCCCCCCGCUCUCACGUGGCGAUCGGCGAAGACCCGCUUCGCGAAGUCUCACAGGUUCCACCAUAACAUGGUCGAGCUUCGAAUCAACGUCAGUGUUCAAGGAGUGCCCUCCAUGGAUGCCAUCAUCAAAUCGUUCCAAUCACUUGUGCAAGACCUGUCAGGCAAGGGAAUUCAUGCCAACUUGUGCAGGUUCUGCGCGUUAUCAGCGUGGACAACGCCUCGGCCUUCGCCCACGUUGCCGGAGACUACUCGGCUUUCCUACACUUCGAUGACGACUCCCUAUUCCAACGCCCCAACACGACCUUGAAGGAGAUUCUACCUUCGAGGAUCGACCUUCCCACUCGAGGCAUCCCGGUUACCGCCCUUCGCCAUGACUAUGAGAAGGAGGCGGCUUGCGGUAGGUGCCACUUUGUGGGUCACGUGGGAACCUGCGGACUGGAUCAGGAGAGGAAGCGGAAGGAGGCUCACAACGGCAUCAUCAACAGCAACAAAAACACCAUCACCCACAACACCAGCAUCGCGGAGGCCGAGGCCCCCAUUCCUGUGCCGGUUGUUAACAGGAUCGCAUCACAGAAUCACUUCGCCGGGCUCGAGGUCGAGGAGGGACAGGAGGAAGAGGUAACUGGCCAGGGCGAACAGGGACCGGAGGAAUCGGGGGAGGAAGACGCUGGUGAUAAGGCGGAUGACGAGGACUCGGAGGACUCGGAGGCGGCCGCGAAAACGGAGGUCAUCAAAAUUGAAAGCGAGGACGAGUCGGUCUUGGAGGACUGCAGCGGAUCCGAUGGAGAGGUGAUUGAUGAGAAUGAGGUGAUGGCGGAUGAAAGAGGUGAAACGGAAGGAGAGGUGGCUACGGAGAUGGAGGAAGAGGUGGCGACGGAGGUGGGCGAUGUGGACGAAGCGAGGGGAUCGACGAAAGCGGAGAAUGCGGAAGCGACGGACUUAGGGGAAACGAACAGGCUGGACAAUGACGACGACAGCGACGCCACAGCAACCGCCGCCACCGCUUCCCGCGAAUCGACGCCGCACGAACCAACCCCACCUCUGUCACCCGAAACUCUCGCCAAGUCGCUACGCGAGGGGGAGGAGUGGGACAGGAUCAGAGCUAACUGGGUUGAGCAGGCACGACUUGAGCGGGACCAAAGCAUCGAGAGGAGGCUCAACGCUGAAACCCCUUUGGUGCGUCACAACUUUGCCACGUGGGACGAGGACGGUGAGAUACGCUCCAUCAACAUCAGGGGGACCGCUGCGAAGUUCAAGAAGCAGGUGAUGAAGAGGUCGCAGACUGCGGCGGACCUCAGUGACCCAAGUGACGAACCGACCGACGCCAAGCGAGUCAUCAUCAAAGGGAAGAGCCGCGUCGUGGUGAAGGAUGGAAUAGAGGGGCGGAGGGUGACGAGGUCGAUGUCGGCGGCAGCGGCGAUGCAGGUCGAGGUGACGAAUGUGGACAGAGGGAAAGGAAGAGGGGUAGCUGAGGAAAAACGAUGGUCCGACCACGAGCCCGAGGACGAUGUCCUGCCCGCCCUUCCCCUCUUUGAGGACGUCACCACCGCCAAGAGCGCCUCGACCUCGACUACCCAUUAAUGAUCAAGCACACCAUCAUCACCUGGAACGUAAGAAGGGGCAUGGGGGUCCCGGAAAAACGACGUAAUAUCUACACCUACCUUUCCACAUUCAAAGCUUCCGCGAUUCUCUUACAAGAGCAUUUCAUCAGACCACAAUUCUGGCAGCUCAUCAAGGACGAGUACGAGGGCAAGCUCUUCAUCAACCAGUACUGCCUGACCCUGAUCCCGGCCGACUCGCCCCUGAUCGACGCCGAGCUCUUGCGCACCCACUCGGCACUCGACGGCCGGCUCCUCGUCACCUCCUUUCGUCUGCGGGGCGACAUCAAAAUUCUAGAAAUCAAUAACCUCUACGCGCCCGUUGACCCAAAACAACGAGCAAAAUUCUUCGACAAACUGAUCCUCCACAAAACACAGAAAUCCCACCUCCGACUCCUUGGCUGCGAUCUCAACGACUGCCCGCGCCCAGAAGUCGAUCGGCGGAACCAAAGUCGGCGCGGCCACCACUGGCCGAUUCUGAUGGGCAAGCUCGACUCGGCCUACACGGACUGCAUCCGCUACAAGCACCCCAUCACCCCAUCUUUCACUCGACCUAAUCCCAAUCGCAAGCGACCCAACUCCUUCUCCCGGCUUGACUACUUUCUCCUACAAAGAGCUCACCAAAAAAGGCUCGACCAGGCCUCGACGAUCUACGACUAUCCCAAGGAUCUUUCCGAUCACCGACCGGUCUUGAUCGUACUGGCUCUCUCAGACGAUCUUGAUGCGGCUCUCCCACAGCUCAGCCUACCUACCACAUCCAACCAACUACAUCGAAUCAAUACCACAACCUUCAAGACGGUGGAAUUUCAGCGGAUGAUGGAAGGAUGGUUGGAAGGGGCAAGCGGGGAGGAUCCGGUGCGAGAGCUUGAGAUUCUGGAGGCGUGCAGGGACAGGGGUGGGGAGAUGGCGAGGAGGCUGCAUCGGGAGCGGACGGAACGGAUGGAGUAUUUGGUGGGGAGGGUGCAGGAUCUGGAGGCGUUACCGGUAUGGGGGGAGGCGGAAACGGCAGAAUGGACAAGGACGUCCGAGGAACUCAAGCGGGCGGUCGAGGAGCGCGCGCGCCUACUCCGGAUCCGAGCCCACGUCCCCGAGAUCGCUUCCGAGGAACGACUGUCGCGGCCGGUCCACGCCAAGCUCGCGGCGCGGAACUCGGACUCCAAGAUCACAGCACUGCGCUUGGGCAACGGAGAGCUAACGCAUGACAUUGAUGUCGCUCUUGACCACACGCAGGCGCAUUUCCAGCGCCUCUACCACAUCGAGCCUCGUGAUCCGGAACGCGUCGACCGACUUCGGGACGAACUCCUCGUGCCGAUCAGGGCGGCACGGACUUGCGACGACCCGCGCUCAGAUCCGCUCUUUCUGCGCCGACUCUCGGAAGCGCAGAUUGAUCUCCUCCAGCAACCCAUCACCGAGGACGAGGUCGUGGCCGCGAUCGGGACGACGCACCCGGGGAGAUCGCCGGGCCCGUCGGGCGUGCCUUACGAACUCUAUCAGACCGCACCGGAGGCGUGGUCCAAGGUGCUGACCAAGGCCUACAACGCGAUGAUCGAGCGCGUUUCACUCUCUCCCAAGCAGGGCCAGGGACUCGUGCGCCUCAUCUUCAAGCGCCACAAGAAGAAUGCCGAUCGCGCCGAACUCUCGUCGUAUCGCCCCAUCACCCUGCGCGAGUGCGAUUACAAGAUUUUUACCGAGGUCUACGUCGCCCGAUUGAACCAAAUUCUGCCCGAUCUCCUCCCGCCGCAGCAGCACGGCUUCGUCAAGGACCGCCGAUCGGCCGACGCUGCACUACACCUUCGUCUCCUGAUCGAGGAACUUGGCGCGCGCAGGACCGAGUUCCCCGCGGCCGCGCUCUUGUCUCUUGACCAAUCAUCCGCCUACGACCUCGUCGAGCAUGACUGGAUCUUUGCCAUCUUCGACGCUCUGGGCGCUCCUACCACCUUUCUUCGCGUGCUGAGGAUGCUCUACUCGGGUGACUCGACCUCGGCGCGCUACAUCAUCAAUGGGUUCCUGACGGCGCCGGUGCGACUGACGUGUGGGCUCGGCCAAGGGGACCCGGCGUCAUCGUCGGUCUGGGACAUCGUGUUUCAGCCGUUCCUGGAUGCUCUACACCGUCGAAACAUCGCGCUGAAUCUCUCCAUACCUGCACUUCAUCCGUACCCACAGAGCCGCGCCAUUACAUCACUUGCAUUUGCCGAUGACGUUGUCGUCGCCGUCGCGGGCUUGGAGUCACUCAACUUGCUCGAUGACCUGGCGCUCGACUGGAGGCAUGCAACGAAUGGCCGGCUCAACACGGACAAGACGGUCGUCCUACCGAUUGGACGUCGCUGGGACCCUGGGGAACGGCCAAUCGUCGUCAAGGCCGCAGGCGAGUCGCUCGAGUGGAUCGGCCUCCCCUUCGACCCCAGCGGCGACACCGAACUCGCCUACGCGAAUCUCAUCGAACGGCUCGAGGCGACGCUGGAAGCGGUUCAGCAUCGCUGGCUCACGCACCACACCCGUGCCUUUUACGUCAAUCGGUACGCCAUUCCCAAGAUCCUGCAUUUCCUUGCAGCCGACAUCCCGCCGCCCGAAGUCGUCAAGAAGCUCGAUGACAUGCUCGUCGAUUUCGUCCGUGGGGGCAAGGGCAGGACCAGCUACGGCAGAGACAUUGUGUUCACCGCCAAGAACAAAGGGGGACUCGGGGUGAUAAGGAUGCGGGACGUUGUGGGCGCGGUUGCGGCACGGCUCUGGGACGUUCUUCUCGGCGGUUCCGGCGCGAUUUGGCAAGGACUUGCGCGCGCAGCACUCCAGCGAGCUCAGCCCGACCUCGACCUGGCCACCGAUCUCUGGCCACAUCCAUCCACUCCCAUCCCCAACGACCUUCAUCCCCGAUGGCACGCCGCACUGGGCGUUCCGAAACUUCACGACGCGCAGGUCAACCCGAGGGCCUUGACCACCGCGAACUUGCUCGCGCUGCCCACCCUGCUCGGCAGCCUCCACACCCCCAUCAGAGGGAGACAGACCAUCGACGCGGUUCAUGUACCUGACUACCUUCGUCUCCAGGGCUGCCCGAAGGUGGCGGAUCUCUAUCGACGCGAGUUGUAUGCGGGUGGGGGGUUUCACCUCUGGACGCCGCCGGCGGAUGUGCUCGGCGACAACAGCGAGUACGAUCGACGCGGGCUCCCGCAGCGACUGGCAAUCGCGGCCUGGUACCGGUUCACUGUCGAUCGACACAAGAACACCCCCUUGGCGGCGGCGGUGGCGGCGGGACGACUCAACGUGCCUCCCCGGAUCGGCACCAGCGCACCGCUCGAGGCGAUCAUCCCCAAGCCCAUGGCCCGCUUCGCAAUGGAGCAGCGCCUUCCGGACCCGGUGCUUCCACAACAGGCGAGCCAGUAUACGCUGCUGAACAUGGCUCGACCCUACACAAUCCGUCGCAUCCGCCGGGUCCUGAACGCGAAGGCUUUUACCAACACGCUCGGGCUCAAGGGACCACCGCAGCCAGACGAUCUCAGGAGCUUCUGGAAGGCGGUCAACUCGAAGGCACUGACAGCGAGGGAGAGGGAAGUUUGGUUCAAGCUGAUUCUCCGCUUCACCCCGACGCGCAAGCUCCAGCACGAGCAAAAGCAUGACACUUCUCCCGCGUGCCUCGUGUGCGAAGCGCCGGUGGACGACACCGAUCACUACUUCUUCGGCUGCGUCGACUCGCGAAACGUCUGGAUCGCGGCGAGGGGCGUGCUCUGCGACGCGCUCGGAUGCGACACGAUCGAGGACGCCGAGUACACGACACUGCAACGACUCUUUGGCCUCCCCAAGCUCAAGGCCAAACUCAGCGAACAGGAAGGCGCAGGCAGGACGAUCGAGAUCUUCACGGGGAUGGUCUUGGAGAUGAUCAGCAGUGGGAGAUGGAGGAUGCAGAAGCACGGGACGAGGAUGGAAAGCCUGGAGCGGAGGAGGGUGGUACUGGAGGAGAGGAUGAAGUUGAGGGCGGGAGGAGCAAGAGGCGGGCGAGGGCAGUAG